CCGCCGCCGCCGCCGCCGAGGCCGAGACCGCGCAGCCCGCGGUAAGAAGAAAACAGAACUUAUAGACCAUCUUCUGGCAGAAGAUGAUAGAUUUGGAUCAGAGACGGGAGGCGUUGGAAGCCAGGAAUCAAAAGUGAAAGAAAUUCUGCAAGCCUUUGGGUUCCUAUCACUGUAAUCAUGCCAGAAAUGACAGAGAAUGAGACUCCUACAAAAAAACAGCACAGAAAGAAAAACCGAGAGACACACAAUGCAGUGGAGAGGCAUAGAAAGAAGAAAAUCAAUGCUGGAAUAAAUAGGAUAGGAGAGCUGAUCCCAUGUUCCCCUGCCCUGAAGCAGAGCAAGAAUAUGAUCCUGGACCAAGCCUUUAAAUAUAUAACAGAAUUGAAAAGGCAAAAUGAUGAACUCCUGCUUAAUGGAGGAAACAAUGAACAAGCUGAAGAAAUUAAAAAGCUACGUAAACAACUGGAAGAAAUUCAAAAAGAAAAUGGCCGGUAUAUUGAAUUACUAAAAGCAAAUGACAUAUGCCUCUAUGAUGACCCCACGAUCCACUGGAAAGGAAAUCUUAAAAACUCAAAGGUCUCUGUUGUUAUUCCCAGUGAUCAGGUUCAAAAAAAUAUCAUUGUUUAUUCCAAUGGGAGUCAGCCUGGUGGAAACAGCCAGGGAACAGCUGUUCAGGGGAUAACCUUUAAUGUUGGUCAUAAUUUACAAAAGCAAACCGCCAAUGUGGUGCCAGUACAGAGGACUUGCAAUCUUGUGACUCCUGUGUCUAUUUCUGGAGUUUACCCUUCUGAAAACAAGCCAUGGCAUCAGACUACAGUUUCUGCAUUGGCUGCCAACCAGCCUGUUCCUCUUUGUCUUCCUGCUACCAUUUCUGCUCAAAAUAUUCUUGAACUUUCCACCUCCGAAAGCGAAUCGAGUGUGCUUGGUGCCACCAGUGCCUCAUUGAUCGCUGUUCCCAUUGGGCCUGAACCUCCCCAACGUCGUUCCUUGCACACAUGUCUAAAUGAUCAAAGUUCUCCUGAAAAUAAGAAUGGGCAAGAGAGCCCCAAAUUAGUGAAGAAGACAGUCUCUUGUGCCACAAGCAUCCCCACCGCCUCCUCAGCGACUGCCACGAAAGUGCACCAUGGAAGCAAGUCCUGCCUGAGCGUACAGGAUUUCAGAAAUGAUUUUCAAACCACCUUUGUUGUUUCAGUUACCACCACGGUCUGCUCCCAGCCUCCCAGAUCUGCAGGUGAUUCUUGUCCAGCGAGCAUUAGCAAGGGUGCAGACUCGGCAAGUGUUACCGCAGUGGUGGCCCCUUCUGCCCCCGGAGGAGGGAAGACCACCACUCCGAUAAGCACUGUCUCUGCAAACCCUUUGGACAAUGGUUGGACUCUUUCUUGUUCUUUGCCUUCUUCAAGUGUUAGUGCUUCAGAUUUAAAAAACAUUAAUAGCCUUACCCGAAUUUCCUCCGCUGGAAACACACAGACCACGUGGACUACUUUGCAACUGGCGGGAAACACUAUUCAGCCCUUAAGCCAGACACCUUCUUCUGCUGUGACUCCGGUAUUAAAUGAGUCUGGUACCAGCCCUACCACAACCAACCACAGUAGACACGUCGCCACAGGCGUCAACUUGAAUAAUUCCUUUCCAGCAGAUGGGCAGGCAGUUGAGCAAGUAGUUGUAACCUUGCCUUCUUGUCCAUCUUUACCUAUGCAGCCACUGAUUGCCCAGCCACAAGUUAAAUCUCAGCCUCCAAAAAAUAUCCUUCCAUUGAAUUCAGCAAUGCAAGUGUUUCAGAUGGCUCAGCCAGUUGGGUCGGCUGUUAAUGCAGCUCCAGCUAAUCAAAAUGUUAUCAUUCUUCAGCCCCCCAGCACUACCCCAUGCCCAACAGUGAUGAGAGCAGAGGUUCCCAACCAAACAGUAGGUCAACAGAUAGUGAUCAUACAGGCAGCUAAUCAGAACCCCUUGCCGCUCCUCUCAGCUCCACCUCCUGGUUCUGUUCGACUCCCUGUCAAUGGAACCAGUGCUCUCAUAGGGUCUAAUAAUUCAGUGCAAAAUGUUUCGAACCCACAGACUUUUGGAGGAAAGCAUCUUGUCCAUAUAUUACCAAGACCUUCAUCUUUAUCAACAUCUAGUUCAACACAAACUUUUUCUGUCACCAUGUCAAACCAACAACAGCCUCAAACCAUUUCUUUAAAUGGACAGCUCUUUGCUUUGCAGCCUGUGAUGUCCUCAUCAGGAACUACAAAUCAAACCCCUAUGCAAAUUAUCCAACCCACCACCAGCGAAGAUCCAAAUACCAAUGUUGCCCUGAAUACAUUUGGAGCUUUGGCCAGCCUCAAUCAAAGCAUAUCACAGAUGGCUGGGCAAAGCUGUGUACAGUUGUCUAUUAGCCAGCCUGCCAAUCCUCCAACUGCUGCAAAUAGUCAGACCACCCCAGUCAACUGUGUUUCAUUAACAACAACUGUAGCAUCUCCCAUGACAACUGAUAAUUCAGCCACACUACCCAGUACUUACAGUCUAGUAACUACUCCCUCAGUGAACACUGUAGCUUGUUUACCUAACGUGAGGUCAAAAAGGUUGAAUAAGAAGCCAAGUGCCAAGAAACACUUAGGAGCUAACAAGUCAGCAUGCCCCCUGAACCCAGUCAGAGAUGCGAGCAAGUUAGAUUGCCCCAGCGCUGAAGCCACUGCAGAGCCAUCGUGUGCCGAUGGGCUGCUGGAAAGCCUCCCUGUUGUGUUACCAUCUGUCACCGUGUCCCAGGCAAAUAGUAUAAGUGUUUCUGGCUCACAUUCUUUGGAUGUUCUGAAUUCUGAAUCAGUGAUACCUGAAUCUGUACCCAAAUCUAAGUCAGCAGAAGAGACUAGCUCACCCUCCCAAGAACCUGUAACAAGUGAACAUUUUGUAACGGCCCCAGCAAAAUCCAAAGAUUCUGCCCCCAUUUUGCAACGAGAGACAUCUCAGGAUAAGCCACCAACUAGUCUGGCAUUGUCAGACGCUGCCAAAUCCUGCACUUCGGCCAACGUGUUGAUUCCAUCUCCAAGCGAUCCCCACAUUUUGGUUUCUCAGGUUUCUGGUCUGUCAUCUACCACUAGCACUAGCACCGACUGCGUUUCUGAGGUCGAGAUCAUUGCUGAACCUUGCAGGGUGGAGCAAGAUUCCACGUCUGAAACAAUGCAAACGACAGCUCUCUUAAAGGGGCAAGGUUUGACUGCAUUGCUGUCUGGUCUUGCUAAAGAAAAAGACCCUCAGAAACUCUCUCUUUCAGUCCAGGUGGACCAUCCUGACUUUUCUUCUGACAGUUCUAAAAUAGUUGAUUCAAGUGUCGAGUUACAUCCCAAACAGGACCUCUUGCUGAUGAACAGUGAUGAUAGAGAUCCAGGGCAGCAUCACUCCUGCAUCCCUGAUCAGGAGGUUAUUAAUGGUUCCUUGCUUGGCAGCAGGCAGGCUGACUCUCCCAUGUCAACCAGUUCUGGCAGUAGCCGCAGUUUCUCUGUGGCGUCCAUGCUUCCUGAAACGACUAGAGAGGAUGUCACCAGCAAUACGACAACUAAUACUUGUGACAGCUGUACCUUUGUAGAGCAAACUGAUAUAGUCGCCCUUGCAGCAAGAGCUAUUUUUGACCAGGAGAACCUUGAGAAGGGAAGAGCUGGCAGCCAGGCUGAUAUGAGGGAAGUUGCUUCGAAGCCUUCUGAAGCGUCACCUUUAGAGGGAGACCAGCCUUUCAAAACACAGAUAUCUAAAGAGGGGGGCACGGGACAGACGGAAGCAACACCAAAUGAAUUUAAUUCUCAGGAUUCGAUUGAAGCGACUGUGGAUCGGCCCCUUGGAAAACCAAGUUGUUCUGUAGGAAUUAAAACAUCAAAUGCCUCUUUACAGGUUUCGACUUCUCAGCCACCGAGCAUCACCAGUUUGAGUGUGAACAAUCUUAUCCACCAGAGCAGCAUCAGCCAUCCCCUGGUCACCUGUGCUGGUUUAUCCCAGACUUCAGAGCAAACAGCUGUUCCUGCAACGGUUAACCUGACUGUUGCCUCCAGCUCCUACACCAGUCAGCCUCCUGGACCAGCUCUGAUGACGGAAUAUCCCCAAGAACAGCUGAAUACCAUUGCUGGCACCAUACCAAAUCCACAGAUUCAAGAGCCACUCUUAAAGCCAAGUCAGGAAAGCCGCAAAGACUCUGCUAAGCGUGCUGUCCAAGACGACCUUUUAUUGUCUUCGGCUAAACGUCAAAAGCAUUGUCAGCCCGCCCCGCUGAGGCUUGAAGCUAUGUCCCUGAUGAGCCGAACCCCAGACAGCAUUUCUGAUCAAGCUCAGAUGAUGGUCAAUCAGCUCCCUCCCAAUUCGGCAAACUCUGUUGGGCCUAUUAGCAACCCAGCACACGGAGAUGGCCUUACACGACUAUUUCCACCUAGUAACAAUUUUGUUGCCUCUGCACUGAGGCAAACGGAAGUCCAGUGCAGUUCUCAGAAUUCAGUUGCUGAGCAGCAGCAAACCCAGGCCAGUCAACAUCUCCAGGCCCUGCAACAGCAUGUUCCAGCCCAGGGGGUAUCUCACCUGCAUAGCAACCACCUCUACUUAAAGCAGCAGCAGCAGCAGCAGCAGCAGCAAGCAGGGCAGCUAAGAGAGAGGCAUCACUUGUAUCAGCUGCAGCAUCAUGUACCUCAUGCAGAGAGCUCUGUCCACUCUCAGCCCCAUAAUGUCCACCAACAGAGAACUCUACAACAGGAAGUCCAGAUGCAGAAAAAGAGGAAUCUUGUUCAGGGCUCUCAGGCCUCUCAGCUUUCCUUACAACCAAAGCACCACGGAACUGACCAGUCCCGACCCAAGAGUGGGCAGCCCCACCCCCACCAUCAGCAGAUGCAGCAACAGAUGCAGCAACACUUCGGAAGCACCCAGCCGGAGAAGAGUUGUGAAAACCCUUCAACCAGCCGGAACCACCAUAACCAUCCCCAGAACCAUCUCAAUCAAGAUAUCAUGCACCAGCAGCAGGAUGUGGGAAGCAGGCAGCAAGGUUCAGGGGUUUCUUCGGAACAUGUGUCUGGGCAUAAUCCAAUGCAGAGGCUUUUGACAUCAAGAGGCCUAGAGCAGCAAAUGGGGUCCCAGCCGAGCAUCGUGACCAGACCUUCAGACAUGACCUGUACUCCACACAGGCCGGAGAGGAAUAGAGUUUCAAGUUAUUCUGCUGAGGCACUUAUUGGAAAGACGUCUUCUAAUUCAGAGCAGAGAAUGGGCAUAUCAAUUCAGGGUUCCAGAGUUUCAGAUCAGCUUGAGAUGAGAAGCUAUCUUGAUGUCCCCAGGAAUAAGAGUUUGGCCAUUCACAAUAUGCAGGGUCGCGUGGACCACACGGUUGCCUCGGAUAUCCGCCUUUCCGACUGUCAGACCUUUAAACCAAGUGGAGCCAGUCAGCAGCCCCAGAGUAAUUUUGAAGUACAAUCUUCAAGAAAUAAUGAAAUAGGUAACCCUGUAUCAUCAUUGAGGAGUAUGCAGUCCCAGGCCUUUCGAAUUAGUCAAAACCCUGGUCCACCGCCAAUCGACCGCCAAAAGAGAUUACCUUAUCCAGCAGUUCAGAGUAUCCCGACAGGAAAUGCCAUCCCACCAAGGGACAGUGAGAAUCCAUGCCACCAGAGUUUCAUGCAGAGUUUACUCGCCCCUCACCUUGGAGAUCAGGUCCUUGGAAGCCAGAGGUCCCUCUCAGAGCAUCAGAGGAACACACAGUGUGGCCCCUCCUCUGCAAUUGAAUAUACUUGCCCCCCAACUCAUGAAAGUGUCCAUAUUAGAAGAGAGAGUGAGAGUCAGAACAGGGAAAGUUGUGACAUGUCCUUAGGUGCAAUUAACACCAGGAACAGCACCUUGAAUAUUCCUUUCUCGAGUUCUUCUUCUUCAGGAGAUAUUCAGGGUCGAAACACAAGUCCCAAUGUUUCUGUGCAGAAGUCCAAUCCCAUGAGGAUAACUGACAGUCAUGGGACCAAGGGCCACAUGAACCCUCCAGUCACAACCAACAUGCAUGGGGUUGCAAGGCCAGCUCUACCCCAUCCGUCUGUGUCUCACGGAAAUGCUGAGCAAGGGCCUCCCGUACGUCCGACUAAUUCUUCAGUUCCCCAGCGAUCAAGGCAUCCCUUGCAAGACAGCAGUGGUUCCAAAAUUCGUCAGCCUGAACGGAAUCGUUCUGGAAACCAAAGACACAGUAAUGUCUUUGACCCAAGUCUCCCCCAUCUUCCUCUGUCUACCAGUGGCAGCAUGAUCCUUGGACGCCAGCAACCCACUACAGAGAAGAGAGGAAGUAUCGUUCGUUUCAUGCCUGAUAGCCCACAAGUCCCUAAUGAUAAUUCAGCGCCUGACCAGCAUACACUAUCACAAAAUUUCGGUUUUCCUUUUAUUCCCGAGGGUGGCAUGAAUCCACCAAUAAAUGCUAAUACUUCUUUCAUUCCACAGGUUACUCAGCCUAGUGCCACUCGAACGCCAGCUCUCAUCCCUGUAGACCCCCAAAACACGCUACCCUCCUUUUAUCCCCCGUACUCUCCUGCUCAUCCUACACUGUCCAAUGAUAUUUCCAUCCCCUAUUUCUCCAAUCAAAUGUUCUCAAAUCCUAGCACCGAGAAGGUAAACAGCGGAGGCUUAAAUAACCGAUUCGGAUCAAUUCUGUCUCCUCCCAGACCUGUCGGUUUUGCUCAACCAAGUUUUCCUCUUCUCCCUGACAUGCCGCCCAUGCACAUGACCAACUCUCACUUGUCCAACUUUAACAUGACAUCUUUGUUUCCAGAAAUAGCUACGGCUCUUCCCGAUGGCUCGGCAAUGUCACCUUUGCUUACGAUAGCAAACUCCUCUGCCUCUGACUCUUCCAAGCAGUCCUCAAACAGACCUGCCCACAACAUAAGCCAUAUUCUAGGUCAUGACUGCAGUUCAGCUGUUUAAAUACUGACAGACUAAAUGUACAUGUAUCUGCUGAGAUUGCAAAUGUAUUGGUGUGUGCAUGCACAGGUAAUGCACAUGGAGAGGGAGGCCGUGUGUGUGUGUGUGUGUGUGUGUGUGUGUCUUUGUGUUUGUAUAAUCAAUUUCCAGUUACCUUCUGAAUGUAGGGAAACUACGUCAGAGAUGAUGUGAAUCCUGGGUUGUCCAAAACAAUUAUCUCUCCUUUUUAACUGCACAGUGUGCUUUUUAAAACUUUCCAAGCAGAGUUACAUUUUCAAGUUUGAUUUGUAAUCUUAUAUUCCCUAAAUGCUAGUCAGCUGGAAGUUGGGGGGGGGGGUCCUUUUGGCAUGUGCUGGGUAGUAGGAAAGAACCUGGAUUUUAAACUUGAUUGUUGAUUAUUUAUUAAAUAGAUACUUGAGAUAGUCAAAUUGCUUUCCAAAAAUCCAGACACUUUGAUACAACACAGUGGCUCAUCACCAAAUGUUUGGCCAAUGUCAGCAUCUAGAACGGUUCCUUACCCAUGGCAGGUGUUGCAUUAACAUGGAAUGGAUGUCCAUGGUUAGAGUCAAGCAGUCAGCAAAUACAUGAGUUGUUGAAUCAGCUUUCAUUUCCAAGGUUUGGUUUAGGUAGAGGCUUCUUUCUUAAUUAUGACAAUUCAUUGGUUUUCUGAAUUUAAUGUCUUGUCCUUCAAAUUAGAGAGCCAUUUUAUAUUUUAAUGUGCCAAGAUGCUGGAACACAAAGGUCUUCCUUACUUAGCCUUAAAAAUAGCAAUCUAAAAAAGCAAAGUACAUAGAUGUUCUCCAUUUUGCGCUUGCAUUUUGCAUCAGGUCAUAAAGAUAGAAGCAGUUGUAUUGCGAAGUUUUGCUUGUGUCCAGUUAAAGAUGGUUGUUUCAUCAAUUAAAUUUUGUUUUAGUGUUCUUUUUUCUGUUUAUUUGAUCUUGAAAUAGUUUCCUUUAUAUUUGUUUAAUCAUUAGGAACUGCUCAGUAAAUAAUGUGUUUGGAAUCUACACAAUUAUUUGAGCCUUACUUUUUAAAUAUUUCUGAGCAGGGUCUUGAGCUCUGUCAGUAUUUUCACUUACUGAUAUUUAUAUUUAAAAUAUGGCAUUGUAUGUUACAUUGUUACCCUCCUUAGUAAUUAUAAUGAGAAGAUGAAUUUGUUCAUUAUUUUUCCUGAUGGUAGAUGUGAAACGGUGCUUCAGAAAAUUGUCUAUGUAUAUAUCCGUGGGUGUGAAUGUGUGUGUGCGUGCGUGUGCACGGGUUCACAGACAUAGAUUUUAAAGUAUAAAUUGGUCCUUUAAAAAUUGGCCUGCCAUCUGGAAAUGGAAAUUGUGACCUGAGACCUGCUGAAGUAUUGGAAAACUUGACAUAAGGGUUUUUAAAAGCCCCAGAGGAGUGAGUUGUGUACACACACACACACACUCACACAGAGACAGAUACAUUGAAUCUUAAAAACUUAAAACCUAUGAAAACAACCAUAUAUACUCAUAUUCUCAAACCUAUUACUCUUUGUUGUUAUAUUCUGGGCCAAAUAGAGGAACGAGUGGGAGAGAGAAGUAUAAAUGAUGUUGUCUGCUCUGUUAAUAAAAUGAACCCAAGGACCAGCAUUUUAUUUUAUUUUUUCCUCCUUAAAAAUGCCUCCUCAGGCUGGGUCAGAGCAGUUAACUCUGGCAAAUACCUCUUGUGAAGACUCAGUAAAAGGGUCACGUGUGCCUCUUGAACUGUCCUUACCAAACCUUCCUCCCUCUUCCUCCUGCCCACCCAGCAGCCUCCUGGGGGCAAAAGAGAAAAAGAAAAAGAAUUGCAAACAGGAAAAGCUUCUGUAUUUUCUCCUUCAAAUUGGUCAUGGUGAAGAACAGGAGUUACUUAAAUAAGACCACAGAAAAACACAGUAGUUAAAAGUCUCAAUUGGGAAAAAAGUGAGAUUCAUGGCCUGUUUUUUAAUUUUCUUAACUGGCUUUUAAGUUACAACAUUCAGAUUUUUCUCUGUACUUGAAAGGCCCAACCUGCCAAUUUCAAGAAUAGUGUUCAAUAUGCUUGGCUAUUCAUCCUCCCUCCCUCUGCUCUCCCUGUCGCUGUCGGUCAUUCUGUCUCUCUCACAUACACAUCCAGACGCACGCACGCACGUACAGAGAGGUAGCCACUGCGUUCUGAGGAACUGGGCACCGUUAGAUAUAAUUAGAACUACGGUAACAAGCCAAGGAGAAGAUCAGUUUGAACACUGCAACAGGAAGGCCUCAGAGCCUGGUACUUUCAGGUAUUUCUCUGUUGCACUGAUUUUCCUUUUCUGCACAGCCCUGUUCAGAGGUAGCAUCUGCAUAUUUCAGAGCUUUCAUUCCAAGCAUGUAAUACUUUGAUCCCAAAUGAGCCUCUACCCCUAAGUAAGGCUUAUUUGACCAUCUCAAGAAAGAUGUGACCACCUGCCAAUUAUUUGGCUCCUGCUUACAUGUAGCUCUAAUUAUCUUACAGACGUGCAUGAAUAUGUAAGAGAUCACUGUAUAUAUGGACUCGAUUCUGAAAGUGUUCGAAGCCUAGUAGUCUUACUUGAUUUAAAAGCACGAGUGUAUGAGCUUUACCAGCAGUAUAUUAAAUAUUUGAUAAUCAGAGCUACAUGAUUUUGGGGAGGAAAUUUAUUAUUUAAUAUCCAACAAUCUCGAUACAAUUUUUGGCUAAAGUAUGGCAGGAAACAGUCCGUGUUGGUUAUAACAAAUUUAAUGUUAUCCUUGGCUUGCUAAUAUAUGACUGUAGAAUGUAAAACCAUUUCCACAAAUAAUUUUGUAAUUUCUGGAAAUACACAAACAUGUAUAAAUGUAUGAAUCAUAAAUGAGUCAUUAAUUAAAUUAUUUCUCUUUUAGUGUUACAGAUCACAUAGAAUCAAUUAGAGAAAGUGGUUGAUUCCUCUAAAUAUUUAAUGCAGUAAUUCCUAAUGAGGUGAAAAUUUCAGAUUCUCAUGUAUAAUUUUUAAUGUGUGAAUCAUGGAAAAAAGAAAUCAAGUGUGAUGUCAUUUGUUUUUUUGGUACAUAGCAGUUGUUUGGGGGUAUUUUAUACCAUUUCAGGAAAUUUAUUUUUAUUUAAAUUGUAAGACCUUUUGGAGGGACCAGGGAUGGCACUUUUUUCCAAAGGUGGAAAAAUACUCCACAGUGAUCAUGCUUUAUAAAAUUUAACAUUUUAGAACUGUGGAAAAAGAAGAAUGAGGAAGGAAUAUUCUUUUAUAGCAGUUUCCAGUUACAUAUUAGGGUGAACUGCAAUAAAGAUCAAUUUUUAAAAAUCAGCCUUGUUUUUUCCCCCCUGAUCAGCCUUCUUAAAAUACACAAUUAAUUAAACAUUUUAAAGAUAAUUAAUUUGUCUUGCUCUUGCCUUCUAACAUCCAUGUCAUAGAGAGGCUAAAAAUUCAUACCUCCCCCCCAAAAUGUAGAAACACAUUUUAAUGGGAGUGAAAUUUUAAAAAUUUGAAAAAGCACCUUCUUAACCUUGUCCUUCCUUUGAACCAUAGGUACCUGGGCUCCUCUUUUCUUCCACCUGCUCCGUGUCAAACAGGUGGCAGGGAACCUGCUCAUUUCCUUAGGAUGAUUCCUCCUCUGCCUUGAAAUGUUUACUGGGCCCAUUGUGAUAGUGAGGCAUGCUCCUAAAUCAGUGAUUCCCAAUUCCUGGCUUUGGGAACCAAUAUAUCUCCUGUUCUAUCAAGGGACAGCAUGAUUUCUUGACACAAAAUUAGUUCAGAGUUGAUUUAAAAUAUUGAAUGUGCCAUACAGUUCUGCUCCUUGUUUUGAUGAACUUGGUUUUUUUUCCCCCCACGGAAGAGUUUAGGAAGCGCAAAGGUGGUACCAAAAUCAGAUGGCUUUGGGUUGAUACCUUUAGGAACCUGGAAGUCGUAAUUCUGUUGUCUGUAUAAGUUCUACCUUUGCCCGGAGAGAAUCGCCUAUGGCUGUGUAUAUCCAGAGGGCAAUAAUAAUAAGCCAAAUAAACUAGUGUGAAGUUAAUCUGUGAGUGAUGACUUUAUGAUACUUAUAUGCAAAUUAGAGACCAGAAAUUCGUUUCUUCUCGAGCUACCGUUUUGGCUAAAUGCUCCCAACAGAAAAGGGUCCUUUUUUUUUUUUUUUUUUUUUUGACUUAACCAUAGUCUCCCUGCUUUCUACACUUUCUGUGUGAGCCUGACAGUGUUUUAAUCCAGAGUCUGUGGGGGACAGACACCAAGUUUAGACUGAGGCAGUCCAGCAUGAGGACCUUCUUGGACAUAGAGCUUCUAGUUCUGCCCACGUGCCUCUAUCCUGGCACUGCACUUUACCUGAAACUGUGCCUCUGGUCCUAAGACCAGUCAUUGGAACACAUCACUCACCCACUCCUCUGUUAAAAAGCAAAGGGCCAGCCAGAAUGGUACAUGCUGUGUCAUCAAACACCUAGAAGACUAGAACAGCUGAUAUUUCUCACGGUUGCCUUAUCAUUCUCUGAGCCAUCUUCAAUGCAGAUCUUGUAAAAAAAAAUAUGUACUAGUUAGAAGCAUAACUCCUUUUAAACUCAGAGCUUGUAGGUGGUGGUCAUUCAACAUUGUUUCCAUAUUUGCCCAAACCUUAUCAACUGUAGGGCUGUGGUGCAUGCAUGUGUUCUUAAACAUGAGCCAACCUGGGUUGAAAGUAUUGGAUCUAAUAUUCAAAUUGCUGUUGUUUUGGAUGAUAAUCUGUCAUGAGAGAUCUCAUGAGACAUAGAAGAUAACUCUUGUGAUUUAACACUUUUUAAAAAAAGUGAUCCUAAGUUGUGGGUUUUUCAGGUUUUUUGGCUCAGUUGUGUGUCUAGCUCUCCACCAUACUAUGUCAUAGGAACUUAGAGUUUUCUCCAUCUAACUCCUUCUUCACUUCUCUGGAUCUCUUUAUCCCCAGCCCUUAAGUCUUAAAACCAUUUUCAUCUGUGAGGUCAUCGAGGCACUGGACUUGACUAUAAUGGUAACCUUUAAGGGAGUUGAACUGUUGAUCUUCCAAGAAGAAAGGGACCAGACAGUGUUGCUUAAAAUGCUGCAGUUGUGUUACUGUGAAGAAAAGAUUUGCUUCCACUUUCAGCAGGCCAUAUAUAUAUAUUAUAUAUAUAUAUAUAUAUAAUUUGUAUAUAUACACAUUUUGGUAAAAAUAGGUGGAAAAAUCUGAGAACAUAAUUACCUUCACAAAUUAUUUAUAGAUACACUGGGUGAGAGGCUUACUGUAGGGCAGUCACCAGAAAAAACCUAACUAGUCUUUCAAUAGUGUAAUAUUUGGAUCUAUUCCCAUGCCAGCGAUGUCUGCUGUGUACUGUGUCCUAUUACUGUAAAUCACCUGGUUUAUAAUCCUAAUGGGAACUAAUUUGUUUUAUAAUGGAAUCCAGAGCAGAUAUGUAUAAUACGAUCAGGAUUGUCCUACAGUUGUAAAUAAGAAUAGGUCCUGUUUAUUUUGACAUCUUUUUACAAAUGCAUUGUAUUAGGGUGUGAAUAUUCUGAACCAUGCUCUUGUUUAAAGUUUUGAAAUUUUUAUUGGUAAAUGUAACAUUUUAAUGGUUGUAAUAAUUAUUUGUAUAGAUAUGAAUAUAGUAUUUUAUUUAAGAAAAUAAACUUUGCAUUUUUGCAUUGUGAA